GUCGCUCCCAACUCACGCCGCUCUCAGUGACGCGUCUGUGGGAGACCCUGGAGGCAAGCUGUGAGCCUUUUGUGAGUGUGUUUAUGUGAAAGCAGUGGGAAGGGGAAAUCUUUUUAAAACUUUUACUUACGGUAAUGGAGACUUGAAUGUAAGGCGAGACAAUUCAUUCGCUGAGAAUGUUUGGAAAAAGGAGUGAUUUUAACUUACGAAGGGACCAUCGUUGUAAGGAAAACAUGUACGAUGCGUUGUAAAUUGCAUCGCCAAAAGUGACCAUCACUUCAACGAAAGAAAGUGCUAUUUGUGACCGAACACAGAGAUUAAAUCUAAGGGAAACUAUGAACAUUGAACUGGUGAACAUAAUUUGAUCGCCUGAAGCUCCGUUGUCGAUAGAGGGCGGGAAGGGGCUGUUCCCACCGGCCUCCCUCCUCCCCGACGCCAGGACGCUGCUUGCGGGUGUCUCCGAGGACGACCCACCAUGAAGAAGGAUGACCACCCACAGACCUUUUCUUCGUCUUCCUCCUCCUCCUCUUCCUCCUCUUCCUCUUCUCCCUCGCGCUCCUCCUCCUCGACCAUGACGAUGCUCGCCCGCGCCCAUUGGGGAGCUCGACGUCCCCCCCUCCCCCCCAGCAACUCGCAAGAUCUCGACGAGGACCUCACGCUCACCGAAGGAGGCGACGGCGAUGACGACUCGCUGCCUCGAUCACCUGCGCCGGUGCGCCCCGACCGCCGCAUCGUGAGGACCCAGGCAUGCGACAUCGAAUCCCUGGACGACUUCGAACCCAGGAUCCCAAGGGUGGAGCUGCGCCGCCCUUCGACGGGGAGCGGGCGGUCCUCAGGGGGGGGAGGAAGCAAGAGGGACCUCCUCAAGGUGGAGUCAACGUGCAUUAAGGACGACCUCGAUUCCUUGAAGAAGGAGGCGUCAUCGACUGGAGGAGGAGGCUUUCGGUUCGGCCACGUCUUCGGCUUCGGAGGUCGUUCGGGCGACGGCAAGGGCAAGGCGCUGAAGAAGAAGGGCGCCCUGGACCCCGGCUCGCCCAACUACGACACGCACCCGAGGGUCUUCAGGGAGGAGUCCUUCACGCUGCACAAGGACUACCUGAGCAUCAACUCCAACUACGACUUGACUCAGGCUCGGCGGUCGUCCUACGGAUGCGAGUACCACCGCAAGGAACCCUUCUACUCCUGGGACGACCACUUCUCCUCCAUCGGGCCAGAGGGACCCUUGCACCUGGACGACGUGGAGACGGCGUCGAUGAGCGGCUCCCUGGGGGACCUUCUGGCCCUCGUGGAGCGCCACCUCGCAGUCAAUGACGUCGUCAAUAACAACAGGAAUUCCAAUACCAGAGGAGAAAAUAACAACAUCAACAACAGUCGCGGCGCUUUCAACAACAACAACAACAACAAUAAUUACGGUUACCAGGACCACAGAUCGGGCGCGACCCCCCGGGCCCCCAGCCAUCACAACCUGCACGGCCUGGGCGCCGGACCCCGCCCGAUGUGGGGUCAGGGGACCAAGAGCCUGCCGGGGAUGAACCGCUUGGCUCGCUCUCACACCAGCCUCGCCGCCCCCGAGACCAGCGUUACGCUCGGGCGGUCGUCGCGGUCGCAGGGUGAUCUCCUCGCCGUCCUGCGCCCGUCCCCCGCCCCGGCAUCCUCCUCGCGGCGGAAGUGGACCACCCUCAGGGGCAUCGCCGCCCUGGGCAAGGCCUUCUCCACCUCCUCCCUCUCCCUCAGACCGAAGAGGCGGCCGCCCUUGAGUGCCGCCACGGUCGACCUCGGGCACCUGGAGGCUCAUAGGCUGUGCCCCCACCAGCACCACACGCUGCCCGUCUCCACGUCGCCCAAUCGCAGCGCAUGGAAGCGACUGCGACUGCCGGAGAUGCGUCUUGGGCAGGUCUAUGCUACACUCAGAGGGCGGCGUGGGCGCAGCGAGAACUGCGAGUCCGUGAUACCGCCCAACGCCAAGUUUGUUGGACCCGAAGAUAGCCCGCAGCGUCAUCAGUGUGCGAGAUGUGAAAUGAUGAUGGCCAUGACGUCACACCAAUUAAGGUCGAAGGGGGUCGAUGGCGGCCUUUACCUCCCAACGCAGACUCGAGAUGACAGGAGUGAGGCUGCAGGAGAUUACAUGCUGGAGCUGCUGGACCGGAUGUCGAAGUACCGCCUGGACGACCAGCGAUGCUCCCUUCCUCACACCUUCAAUCAGCAUCCACAGCAGGGGAUGCGCGACGGGCCAGGCAAGCCCCCGCCGGACAAGGAUGAGACGCCUGCCAAGACGUCCUCCAGACACCGCCUCGAGGAGGUCCUCGCGCAGGAGCCGCCAUAUCCUCAGGUGGUGCUUCCAGCCACGGGCGGCUACUGGGACGAGAGCAGUACGGACAUGGACCACCAGUACGCCAGCACGAACUCCAACAACAAGUUCGAGACGGAUGAGACGGCGCGCUACUACAGAAGGUUCUUCAUGGGGAAUGAACACUGGACCUUCCUGGGCGAGGAUGAAGUCCACGGCCCCGUCGUGCUGAGCCACAAGACGGAGGUGAUCAGCUCGCAGGAGAACACCCGGGUCCUCCUGCGGCUCAAGACGGGCACGCACCACGCCAUCAUCAACCUGGGAGACAACCCGACGCCGGCGAAGAUGGCUAAGCGCCUGAAGGAGGAGCUGACGGUGGAGCGGUUCCAGCCGGUGGUGACGCCGCGCGGACCCGAAAUGAUCGUGUCCUACGACGAACACGUACUCGUCAACCACUUCAAAUUCGGCCUCAUCUACCAGCGCGCCGGCCAGACCACCGAGGAACAGCUGUUCGGCAACAAGACGCACUCGGCCGCCUUCGAGGAGUUCCUCAGCCUCAUGGGACAGCGGGUCAAGCUGAGAGAUCACGAAGGAUUCAAGGGCGGCCUGGAUACCCUUUACGGGCAGACGGGCGAAGAAAGCGUCUACGAAGUGUUCCGCGAGAAGGAGAUCAUGUUCCACGUGUCCACGCUCUUGCCAUACACGGAGAACGACCCUCAGCAGCUGCAGCGCAAGAGGCACAUUGGCAACGACAUCGUGGCCAUCGUCUUCCAGGAGGGCAACACCCCCUUCGCCCCCGACAUGAUCGCUUCGCACUUCCUUCACGCGUACAUUGUGGUUCAGCCGAUCGAUCCCUGCACGCCUAAUACCAGUUAUCGCGUGAGUGUGACAGCAAGGUCGGACGUACCUUUCUUCGGCCCCACAUUGCCUUCGUCGGGAGUGUUCGAGAAGGGACCCCAGUUCAAAGAGUUCAUCCUCACCAAGCUCAUCAACGCCGAAUUGGCUUGCUACAAGGCCGAGAGAUUUGCUAAAUUGGAGCUGCGCACACGGUCCUCGCUGCUGAGUUCCCUCGUCGACGACCUACGUCGGAAGAGUAACGAGUUCCUGGGAAUCGCUGAGGUCCAGGAGCCCCCGAAGCUCGAGACGCCCGGCACGAGGUUUACCGAGAUCGUCAGGAAGGUCCUCCGGGGCCGCCCGCCAAACCAGGACCCAGCUGGCUUGGUCAAGAAAUCGACGGCGACCAACAACUCCAACAACCUGGCGGGUGGAACGCCUUCGAGUUCCCGCAGCAAAGGAAGCAAAGGCAGCGGAGGCAGCAGCGGCGCCCGGACGCCCACAUCGAGUCCAGACACAACGCCCAACACGCAGAUGGCGUUGUCGGAGAGUGAUGAUUCCUCCAUCAACUCGAUCGACAUUGACGGCCAUUCCCAUCCUCUCAACGAGGAUUCGGACACGGGGCUAGAGUCCAUGUCCUCCGCCGAGACGCCCCACAAGCUGUCCUUGCACUGUCCUCUCUGCGGCGGCAACGAGGACGGCGUGUGCGCCCUCCACGCCGACCCGGAGACCAUCCUUCGGCAGGUGGACACCCUCAAGCACGAGAUUAACAAGCUCAAGUGUGACAAGCUGGAUCUCCUGCGUCAAAAUGUGACAUGCCAGAGAGAAAUCAAGAAGUUAAAGGAGAAGGAACUGAAGCUGGGCGGAGAACUCAGCAACGCCAGCAAAGAGAUCAUCAGAUUGCAGAACCUGCUGAAGGACCUGGGCACCGGCCAGGUCUCCGCCGUGUGAACAAAGGCCAGCACAGGUCAUCGUGUUGUCUUACUUGUCCAGGUGUUGGAGUGACCAUGGAACACCUAGCGGUCACAGGAACCCUCGGGGCCAGCGUGAAGUUUGGCGUCAAGGAUGAGAAGCGAGAACGCAGACUGCAGAUCUUUGGCAUACCCAGUACCUUCUUGGUGAUGGAGUGGGUGGAAUUGGCUUCUUAAAAAUCGUUCAAAACUGAAGAGAUAUGAAAGAGAACAAGCCCAGCCCUCGGACCUACACGUGAUUUGUAGCUUCCAGAGGAUUUCGUAUAUUUUUUAUGAUUUUAUGUUUUUUUUUUUUUUUUUUUACUCAAUAAUUUGCUGAGGUACAUUUCCUAUUGUC